GAGGAGGGGAAGCGGAGGGAGGGAGGGACAGUGGGUGUGUAUGUGUGCGGAGCUCGACACAGCGGGCCAACCAAGGUGGCCAGAGCGAUGAGCUCUCGGAAAGUGCUGGCCCUGCAGGCCCGGAGGCGCCGGGCCAAGCACCCUGCGGCACCCGGCAAGAAAGAUAAGCACCCGCCGCACCACAAAAAGCCAGAGCCUCAACAAAAAGUUCCUUCUGUACCGCCACCGCCACCACCACCACCACCUCCACCUUUGCCAGAACCAGCACCACCAGAGCCAGAAGAGGAGAUUCUGGGAUCUGAUGAUGAAGAGCAAGAAGAUCCUGCAGAUUACUGUAAAGGUGGCUAUCAUCCAGUAAAAAUUGGAGAUCUUUUCAAUGGUCGAUAUCAUGUUAUCAGGAAAUUAGGAUGGGGACACUUCUCGACAGUCUGGCUAUGCUGGGAUAUGCAGGGGAAACGUUUUGUUGCAAUGAAAGUUGUGAAAAGUGCUCAGCAUUAUACAGAGACAGCCUUGGAUGAAAUAAAAUUGCUUAAAUGUGUUCGUGAAAGUGACCCUAAUGAUCCAAAUAAGGACAUGGUUGUACAGUUAGUUGACGACUUUAAAAUUUCUGGCACGAAUGGCAUACAUGUCUGUAUGGUUUUUGAAGUACUUGGACAUCACCUUUUAAAAUGGAUAAUUAAGUCCAACUAUCAAGGCCUUCCUAUCCGUUGUGUAAAAAGCAUAAUACGACAGGUACUGCAGGGUUUAGAUUAUCUCCACAGCAAGUGCAAGAUCAUUCAUACAGAUAUCAAACCAGAAAACAUCUUAAUGUGCGUGGAUGACACCUAUGUACGUAGAAUGGCUGCAGAAGCUACAGAGUGGCAGAAAGCUGGUGCUCCUCCUCCUUCUGGCUCAGCAGUGAGUACAGCCCCACAGCAAAAACCUAUUGGAAAGAUAUCUAAAAACAAAAAGAAGAAACUGAAAAAAAAGCAAAAGAGGCAGGCUGAACUGCUAGAAAAACGUUUACAGGAAAUCGAGGAAUUGGAACGAGAAGCUGAAAGGAAAAAAAUAGAAGAAAAUGUAACCUCUAGUGUACCAUCCAACAAUCAGGAGGAUGAGUACCAUCCAGAAGUCAAACUAAAAACAGUUGAGUUGGAGGAGGUAGCAGAUGAAGAACCUGGAAAUGAAGAUGGUGAAACAGAAGAUCAGGAUGAAAAGGAAGACACAGAAAAGGAAAACACAGAGAAAGAUGAUGAUGUUGAACAGGAACUUGUCAACUCAGAGUCUACAGAUCCCACUUGGAUAGAAUCUCCCAAAACAAAUGGUCACAUUAUAAAUGGUCCUUUCUUACUGGAAGAACAGAUUGAAGAUGAAGAGGAGGAAGAGGAAGAAUGCCCAAAUGCUGAGCAAUAUAAUCUUGAUGAGCCAAAUGCAAAAAAUGAUUACAGUUAUAGUAGCUCCUAUGAACAAUUUAAUGGUGAAUUGCCAAAUGGACGUCAUAAAAUUCCUGAGUCACAGUUUUCUGAAUUCUCAGCUUCUGUAUUCUCUGGAGCUUUAGAUUCUGUAGCCUGUGGUUCAGCUAUUUCUGAAGAAUCAACUCUAACGGAAAGAGAGGGAAGUACUCCAUCCCAUGAUAGGAGCAGGACAGUUUCAGCAUCUAGUACUGGAGACUUGCCAAAAAUAGCAAAAACUCGUGCUGCUGACUUACUGGUGAAUCCACUGGAUCCAAGGAAUGCAGAUAAAAUUAGAGUUAAAAUUGCUGACCUGGGAAAUGCUUGCUGGGUGCAUAAACAUUUUACAGAAGACAUCCAGACACGACAGUAUAGAUCGAUAGAGGUUUUAAUUGGAGCAGGUUACAGUACACCUGCUGAUAUCUGGAGUACCGCAUGCAUGGCAUUUGAGCUUGCAACUGGUGAUUAUCUGUUUGAACCACAUUCUGGAGAAGACUAUUCCAGAGAUGAAGACCACAUAGCACACAUCAUAGAGCUGCUAGGCAAUAUCCCAAGGCACUUUGCUCUAUCUGGAAAAUAUUCUCGGGAAUUCUUCAAUCGCAGAGAUCACAUAGCAUUGAUCAUUGAACUGCUGGGGAAAAUCCCUCGAAAAUACGCUAUGUUGGGGAAAUAUUCCAAGGAGUUUUUCACCAAAAAAGGAGAACUUCGACACAUUACCAAACUGAAACCUUGGAGCCUCUUUGAUGUUCUUGUGGAGAAAUAUGGUUGGCCUCAGGAAGAUGCUGCAGAAUUUACCGAUUUCCUGAUACCCAUGCUAGAAAUGGUUCCAGAGAAACGAGCUUCAGCUGGUGAAUGCCUAAGGCAUCCUUGGUUGAAUUCCUAGCAACAUUUCCAGAUACGACGCUGGGCCAGCACCCACUUCCCCAUACAUCAGACUUAAAUGGUGACUGUCAUAAAUUCUCUUAACAGGAUCAUAAAUGAGCUGGCUUCAACCCCAGAUCUUUAUUUUGCUUUGAGGUACUGUUUGACAUUUUGCUUUUUGUGCACUGUGUUCUUGGGAGGAGGAAUAGUCCUAUGUCUUCAGCUAGUAGUUUUACUGACUCUCUGCAGAAAACACUUGCUAAUGUGUCUUUAAGCAUUGUUUCUUGUGUUGUGUGACAUCAACUUUUUGAACAAAAUACCUUUAUUCUCCCCUCAUGUGUUUUGGCAGGUUUUGUAACUAUUUAUGGAAACUAUUUUAGCUGAGUAUUAUAUAAUUUACAAGUGUGGGACAUUAUCAAGUCAAAACUGAGAUAAUGUACAAUUCUAUCUUUGGGCAAAGGGACAUUGUUCUUGUAAAAUAGUGUAUGUAAAUGCACCCUGUAAAUGUUUAUUUCCAUUAAAAGCGGGACGGGGGACACAAAUUUCAGAGUAAAGCUACUAAACUGAGAGUGAGUUGUAGUAUACAAAAUUGCAUGUGGUGGAUUUCAAACUACUUCAAGGAGUUACAUAAACUUUCCUUUCUGUAGCAGUGCCCAUAGAAAGUGUUUUCUUGGAAAGAAAGUGGCUGCUUUUAUAAGAUUACAUUCUACAGUAGGCACUUUAAAGGAAGGCUAAGCAUUCAAAGGAUAAAAUAUAUCUAUUUUUAAGUGCUUUUAAGAAAUUUUCAUUUGCUAUACAGUUGUGAGAUGAUGGCAUGGUUAAAUGGGCACUGCUUUUUCAUAAGGAUGGUUGACAUGCUGGGCUUCAGCAUUUAAAGAUAGCUUGGGAAGCAUUCUUUGUGCAGAAUUUUAACCUUUGAUGAAAAAAGGUGCUCGACUUUAAAGGAAGAACAAAAUGGAUGCAAAUUUUACUUUAAAACUAAAGAUCAUGCACCUUCCAUACAUAGCUUUACAUGUUUCUAAAACAAAUUGCACUAGCUUAUUUUUUCCCAUGGAUUGACAUAUUGAGGAACUAAUCUUGCUUUGUAAGUUGCACACAAAUUUUAAGUGUUUUCGUACAAAAAACAAAAAUUAAAAAAAACAAAACAAAACAAAAGCUAAGUAGAUUCCAAAAGAGAACUCAUAGGCAAUACAGAUUUUAGAAUGUAAAAUAUGGAGGUGUAUUUUAGCCUCUUUUAGAAGUCAGUGGAAUGAAUGUAAAUUUAUUUCUGGUUUUACACAUUAAUUAUGGUGCCACUUUUUCUUGACUUUGUCCAUUUAAAAUUUAUUCACAUGCCUUUGCAAAACCUAGAUUGUGAGAUGAUACCCCGUGUUGUAAUAAUAACCAAUUGUUUGAGGUGCUUGCAGUUGUCUAAUUAAAGUGGUUGUUUUUUCA